UCCAUAACCAUUCACACAAGUAGAUUUGGGGAAAAUUUAGUAUUGUUAUCAAAGUACAUGUAGGGUGAAUACAAUGGAUAAGGAGAAGCUUUGUUCAUCUCUGAUUGUUGGACCGAUUUUAUUUGUUUUGUUUAUGAAGGGAAUAGGACAUCGCAAUGGAAGGGGGCAAACAUAAGUCGAGGAAGGAGGGAGAAUCCAAGAGGAGUCACCGGGAUCGCAGUGGGCAGAAACACAGGGAGGAUAAAGAUGGAGGAGAUAAGAGGGACCGUAGUAGCCGACGUUCUGUGAAAGAAAAGAGUUAUGAUUCUGAGGAAAGGUAUGAUAAAGAGAAGCUUCGAGACAAGGACAGUGAUAGGACGCGCAGCCGAGAUGAUGAUAGCAAGAGAACCAGAGAGAGGAAGAGGGAGGGGGACAAGGAGAAGAGGGAGAGGGUUCGAGAGAAGGAAAAAGACAAGGAGAGGGAGAGAGGAGAACGGGAAAGAGAGGUGAAAGAUAAGGUGAGAGAGAAGAGGGAGCUUGAGAGGGUAAGCGAUAGAGAUCGAGAGAGGAGGAUAAGAGAGAGGGAGAGACAUAGGGAUGCAGAUACCGAUGAUAUUGGUGAUCAUGUUAGGGAGCGUGAUAGGAAGCGGCAUAAAAUGGAUAAAAAUGAGUACAAGGAGAAAGAGCGGGAAAUGAGUAGUAGUAGGGUAAACACACAGAUGGAUAAUGGAGAUGAGAGCCCGCGAAAGAGAAGUGAUGAGGAUUCAGUUAAGAAGCCAACCCGUGAGGAGGAGUUAGAGAAUGAACAAAGGAAAUUAGAUGAGGAGAUGGAAAAACGGAGGAGAAGAGUUCAGGAGUGGCAAGAGUUAAAGAGAAAGAAGGAAGAAGAUGACAGAGAUAAUGGGGAAAGGAAUGCUGAUGAACCUAUGUCGGGAAAGACCUGGACUCUUGAAGGAGAAUCUGAUGACGAAGAAGUUCAUCCCUCAGGGAAAUCAGAGACAGGUACAAACCUCAAUGGAGAAGCCAAUCUUAUUGAUAAAGAAGAUGGACAUUUCAUGGUAGUAUAUCCUGACAAUGAAACAGCUCCAAUUGCUUCACUGAAUGGAGCUGAUAAUGCUAGCGGGGAUGACGAGACUGAUCCAUUAGAUGCUUUUAUGAAUUCUAUGGUAUUGCCUGAAGUUGAAAAGCUGGACAAUGCUGCAGACCCAUCAAUUGCUGAUGCAAAGAAUGAUAAAAAGGAUGAUCGAAGUAAUGGUGAACAAAAGAGGAGAGGUCUCAAUAAAUCAAUGGGAAGAAUAAUUCCUGGGGAGGAUUCAGAUUCCGAUUUUGGGGACAUUGAGAAUGAUGACAAUGUUCUAGAAGAUGAAAAUGAUGACGAGUUCAUCAAAAGGGUAAAGAAGACAAAAGCUGAGAAACUCUCUGUAGUUGACCACUCUAAGAUAGAUUAUGAACCUUUCCGUAAAAACUUCUAUAUUGAGGUGAAGGAGAUCUCAAAAAUGAGUCCAGAAGAGGUUGGUGCAUGCCGGAAACAAUUGGAAUUGAAGAUACAUGGUAAGGAUGUGCCAAAGCCGAUUAAGACCUGGCAUCAAACUGGACUUACCAGUAAAAUUUUGGAAAUAAUAAAGAAACUGAACUUCGAAAAGCCCAUGCCAAUUCAGGCUCAGGCAUUACCUGUAAUUAUGAGUGGUAGAGACUGCAUCGGUGUUGGGAAAACUGGAUCAGGGAAAACCCUUGCAUUUGUUCUGCCAAUGCUCAGGCAUAUAAAGGAUCAGCCACCAGUAGAAGCUGGAGAUGGGCCUAUUGGGCUUAUAAUGGCACCAACGAGGGAGCUUGUUCAGCAGAUUCACAGCGAUAUCAAAAGGUUUGCCAAGGUAUUAGGUUUCGGGUGUGUCCCUGUAUAUGGAGGUUCUGGUGUUGCUCAACAGAUUAGUGAAUUAAAGCGGGGUGCUGAAAUUGUUGUAUGUACCCCUGGUAGGAUGAUUGACGUACUUUGCACAAGUGGAGGGAAAAUAACAAAUCUGCGUAGAGUAACGUUUUUGGUCAUGGAUGAAGCUGAUCGAAUGUUUGACAUGGGUUUUGAACCUCAAAUCACUCGAAUCGUUCAAAAUAUCCGGCCAGGUCGUCAAACUGUUUUGUUUUCAGCCACUUUCCCUCGCCAGGUUGAAGUCUUGGCUCGUAAAGUGUUGGACAAACCUGUGGAAAUUCAGGUUGGUGGGCGGAGUGUUGUGAAUAAGGACAUAAUGCAAAAGGUUGAAAUGAGGCAGGAAAAUGAAAGAUUCUUGAGAUUGUUAGAGCUGCUUGGUGAAUGGAAUGAGAAAGGAAAGAUUUUGAUAUUUGUCCAGUCCCAGGACAAAUGUGAUUCUUUGUUUCGGGAUCUGCUUAGGCAUGGAUAUCCUUGUCUCUCACUUCAUGGGGCCAAAGAUCAAACAGAUCGUGAGUCCACGAUAUCUGAUUUUAAGAGUGAUGUUUGUAAUUUGUUGAUUGCAACAAGUAUUGCUGCCAGAGGAUUAGAUGUCAAGGAUCUUGAACUGGUGAUCAACUUUCAUGUCCCAAAUCAUUAUGAGGACUAUGUACACCGUGUUGGACGUACAGGCCGAGCUGGCCGAAAAGGAUGUGCUAUAACAUUCAUCUCUGAGGAAGAUGCUAGAUAUGCUCCAGAUCUUGUUAAAGCAUUGGAACUUUCUGAGCAAGUUGUCCCAGAUGACCUGAAAUCUCUUGCUGAUAAUUUCAUGGCAAAAGUGACUCAGGGAUUAGAGCAAGCGCAUGGAACUGGUUAUGGAGGAAGUGGAUUUAAAUUUAAUGAAGAGGAAGAUGAAGUUAGAAGAGCGGCAAAGAAAGCGCAGGCAAAAGAAUAUGGUUUUGAGGAUGACAAGUCUGAUUCAGAAGAUGAAGAUGAAGGUAUUCGAAAGGCAGGGGGAGACAUCUCACAGCAGGCUGCCCUUGCUCAGAUAGCAGCUAUUACUGCUGCUUCCAAAGCUAAUACAGCCUCAAUGCAGACCCCUGCUUCUGCUGCCCAACUGCUUCCCAACGGUGGAGGGUCAGUUUCUCAUCCAGGUGUCCUUGGUCAAGCAUUACCAGGAACAGCAUCAGUUUUCACUGGGACUGGUUUGCCUCUUGGUAGCAAUGAUGGGGCAGCUCGGGCUGCUGCGAUUGCUGCAGCCAUGAACUUGCAGCAUAACCUGGCAAAGAUUCAAGCCGAUGCAAUGCCUGAACAUUAUGAAGCAGAGUUAGAGAUAAAUGAUUUUCCCCAGAAUGCUAGAUGGAAGGUUACCCACAAGGAAACUUGGGGUGCCAUAUCAGAUUGGACUGGAGCGGCCAUCACGACCAGGGGUCAGUAUUUCCCACCUGGCAAGGUUGCAGGACCUGGAGAUCGUAAGCUCUACUUGUUUAUCGAGGGCCCUACUGAACAGUCUGUCAAGAGAGCUAAAUCGGAGUUAAAGCGGGUUUUGGAAGACAUCUCAAACCAUGCAUUCUCACUUCCUGGUGGAGCUCAGCAAGGCAGAUAUCAAGUUUUAUGAGAGUCUUAGAUGGAAAUGUCUUCAUGGGGCCAAUCUGCUGCAUAGCGCUGUGUGUGCUGCACCUGAAAGGAUGGUUCUUGUAAGAGGGCCAAUUUUUCUUU